AUGUCAGCCCCGGAUCGUCGCCUCCUGAACCGUCGCUCCUCCACGCAGCAUUACCAAACCUUUGAUACCCCGCCGCCGAAGUCGCGUGGGCGGCCUAACUCCGGCCAGUCUGAAUCGUCGGGGGACAUUCCACACGGCCUCAUUGAUACCUCGAGCCAACAAAAUGCCCAGUCUCCUCUGCCUAAGAGGCAGAUGGCAGUACUGGCGAUGAUCGCUUUAGCCGAACAGACUGCACUGAACUCAAUCAGUCCUUAUCUCCCAGACAUGGCUUCGAGCUUCCCGGAGGUAGAACCUAGCCAGGUGGGUGUAUACGUCGGAACAAUUGCAUCCGCAUUUGCGUUAGCGCAAUUCGCGACCAACUAUUUCUGGGGCUCGUUGUCCGAUCGUAUUGGGCGCAAACCAGUGAUCCUCCUUGGCACUUUGCUUACCGCAUUGUGCUUUGUCGCGUUUGGUUUCUGCAAGACUCUAGGUCAAGCAAUUGCCGUACAGGCCCUGAUGGGCCUGGUCAAUGGAAAUCAAGCCCUGGUCUCAACAUGCCUGGGAGAAAUUACAGACCGCAGCAACCAGUCGCAAGCCUUCACCUACCUCCCCGUUUUAUAUGGAAUCGGAGGUAUUACGGGCCCUCUCCUAGGAGGCUUACUAGUCUUCGAGCGCAACCCGUUCACCGGCAAAGAAAACCCAUAUCCUUACCUUGCUCCCAAUCUGGUCUCUGCUUUUAUCCUUUUUGUGGAUUUCGGGUUGACUGCGUUUUUCAUGCAAGAAAGCUUAGAAGAUGCAGACACUUUACCCAAGUUUGGCAAAAAGUUCCGCAGUCUUUUUUCAUGGCUAUGGCAGUUUACUGGCCUCUCGCGACACCCAACUUACACUCGGGUCUCCAGCUCCAACACCCACCACGCAGAGGAAAUCGAUGAUCACGACAGUGACUUGGAUUCGGCUUCAGAGGUAUCGAGUCGCCUCGAACAACACGAGGAGCUGACCUGGAAUGAAAUUUUCACCCGCGAUACCGUUCUACUGCUCUUGACGUACUUGAUCUUUGCCUUGUGCAAUGUGUCAUUCAACUCACUGUUUCCAAUUUUCGCACAAGCCAAACCACCAGCCGGACGCAAACUCACACCCUCUGAGAUUGGCCUGUCUCAAGGCUUUGCCGGUAUCGUGACCAUCAUUUUCCAGAUCUGCGUCUUCAACCGUCUCCGUGACAAGAUGGGCAAUCGGUGGUCAUACCGCGCUGGUCUUUUCGGCUUUGUGAUUUCUUUCCUACUGAUGCCUUUCAUCGGGUACAAGAGCAAAUCCAGUGAGGGACUUACGCGCCAAUCCGUGCUAAUGGCCGUGGAGUUAUGCUUGGUGCUUCUAGUCAAGACUGUCGCCUCCGUAGGUGGACUGACUAGUGCUCUAUUGUUGGUUACCAAUUCAGCACCAAAUCAUGCUGUCCUAGGUGCACUCAAUGGUCUUGCACAGACUCUCUCUGCGGCUGGGCGUGCUGUGGGUCCCUUCCUCUCCGGAGGCCUUUUCACCUUGACAGCCAAGAUCCAGCCAAAGGGUGAAGCUGUGGCUUUUGGCGUAUUUGGAGCCGUCUCUUUCAUCGGCUUCCUGAUGAGUUUCGGUAUUCGUGGUCGUGCUCUUGAAGCGGAAGGCUGGGCGAGUGACGAUGACGAUGAUGCAAACUCCAAGUCUGACGAAGACGAGCCAAACGGCAAUUAG